CCGUAGGCUCUUUGAUUUGUGUGACAUCACCAGUUCCGUCCCAACGCGGAAAUGUGCAAUAUUUGUUAUUAUAUUAUCAGAUUGGUUGCCUGUCGUUAAACACACAUCUACUAAACUGUAGCAGUGCUGUUUACAUGUGAGCAUGUCGUCGUGAAGUUUUCCAGACUGUUCGUGAUCAUGAAGGAGUUUACAAUCCGUUCGACCUUAGCUUGUAUUUACUGACGCGCACCAAGAACAAAUCGCACAUUUAACAUCUGACAGAUCUGUUAGGAUCAUGGAGAGCCUCGUGGACUGGAGACACCUGUUACUGGCUUUGUUUUGCCUCUUUGGGAACGUUGCAAAGUGUGAAGGUGGAAGUUCAGUUUCUCUACCAGAAUCUCUACUCUUUGUCUCCACACUGGAUGGAAGUUUACACGCUGUUAGUAAACAAACAGGAGACAUCAAAUGGACACUGAAGGAAGAUCCCAUCAUACAGGUUCCUGUCUAUUUCCAAGAGCCAGGCUUUUUACCUGAUCCGAAUGAUGGCAGUCUGUAUGUAUUAGGCGGCAAACGCAAAGAGGGUCUUAUGAAACUCCCAUUUACUAUUCCAGAAUUGGUGCAGUCAUCUCCGUGCAGGAGUUCAGAUGGAGUGCUAUACACGGGAAAAAAGCAGGACACUUGGUUUGUGGUGGAUCCACAGACAGGUGAAAAGCAGACGAGUCUAAGCACCGCGUCCUCGGACUCUAUAUGCCCAUCAGCUCCUCUCUUGUACAUUGGUCGCACAGAAUAUAUGAUCACAAUGUAUGAUACAAAGACUCAGGAGCUACGGUGGAAUGCUACCUACAAUGACUACUCCGCCCCUCUGUAUGAUGACAAAGAUUAUGAAUACAAGAUGUCUCACUUUGCAUCCAGUGGAGACGGUCUGGUGGUCACAGUGGAUCGGGACUCCGGCGAGGUCUUGUGGAUGCAGAAGUUCGAUUCCCCAGUGGCCGGGUUUUACCUCUGGAGUCAGGACAGCCUGCGGCGAGCUCCACACCUGACAGUCGCCACAGAGACCCUCCGUUACUUAACCUUUACUGCUGAAAACACACAGUCCCAAACCAUGAAGUGGACCUACCAGUUUACAAAGGAGAAGCAUAGCACCAAGACUCAGCUAGUUCCCACCCUUUAUGUUGGCAAGAUGGACUCUCAUCUGUAUGCCUCUUCAUCUCUUGUGCACAAGGGAGUGGCAAUAGUUCCGCAAGGUAUUACUCUUGCACGAAUCGAGGGGCCGAUCACAGCCGGCGUCACAAUGGGAAAUGGGCGGGCCGAAUGCGAGAUCACACCCAGCACCGAUGUGAAGUAUCCACCAGGAAGCACCAGCUCUCUGCAAAAUAACUGGCUGCUGAUCGGUCACCAUGAGAUUCCUCCUUUGGCUCACACCACCAUGUUAAGAGAUUUCCCAGAGAACCUACGGCGCUCCGGUGAUGUGAUCCCACCUCAAGGUUCUGGUUCUUCUUUCCGUCCUGUCUCUCACCCAUUGCCACCAGUAACACAACAAAUUUCCUCGCCCAUGUUGCCCGAUUCCUUGACCUCUGACCCCAUGACCGUGUUGGUGGUGACACUGCUUUUGGGAGCAUGGAUUGCUUUCCUGCUAAAACACAAUAGGCCUGUCAAGUCCCAGAAAUCUGAUGAGCCAAUGGACUUCAACUCUCUGACCACACUGACCAAUCAGAAUCCUUCAACAGAACCCAGCGCUCCAUCCUCAUCAUCAUCCUACAGCAAUAACAACCAUUCAGAGAAGACUAGUUCUGUUGCAUCUUAUCAAACCCAGCCGUUCUCAAGCAAAGACUCCGCCUCAGGGGCAGCAGUCAGCCAAUCGCAAAAUGAACAGCCUGAAGUUGUGGAGGUUGGAAAAAUCUCCUUUAGUCCUGCUGAGGUGCUGGGACAUGGAACGGCGGGAACCUUUGUUUUCCGGGGACAUUUCGACGGCAGGCGUGUGGCAGUAAAGCGAAUCCUUCCCGAAUGCGUGGAAUUUGCGGAGCGAGAAGUUCAGCUCCUCCGGGAAUCAGACGAGCAUCCCAAUGUCAUCCGUUACUUCUGCACAGAACGGGACAGACAGUUCACGUACAUCGCCAUUGAACUGUGUGCCGUUACGCUCCAACAGUACGUGGAGGACCCAAGCUGCCCUUACUCAAGCCUGAACCCGGUGUCGCUGCUGGAGCAGACCAUGUGUGGCCUCAAUCACCUGCACUCCCUCAAUAUCGUUCACAGGGAUUUAAAGCCACGCAAUAUUUUGCUCUCUCUCCCGGGUGUAUUGGGUCGAGUCCGGGCAGUGAUCUCAGAUUUCGGCUUGUGUAAGAAGCUCCCAGAUGGUCGCCAUAGUUUUAGCCUGCGCUCUGGGAUACCAGGAACCGAAGGCUGGAUUGCCCCGGAGUUACUUACAAAUGAUUCGAAAGGAAAUCCUACCAGUGCUGUGGAUAUAUUCUCGGCAGGAUGUGUGUUUUAUUAUGUGACGUCCAAAGGACAGCAUCCAUUUAGUGAUACAUUACGACGACAAGCCAAUAUCCUGUCCGGGGUCUAUAAUCUCGACCACUUUAUGGAGGAUAUACACGAGGACGUGAUCGGGCGUGACCUCAUCGAGCGGAUGAUCAGUGCCGAACCAGAGACGCGUCCCUCUGCAGCAUGUGUUCUUAAACAUCCCUUCUUCUGGAGUCCAGAAAAACAGCUGCAGUUCUUUCAGGAUGUCAGUGACAGAAUAGAAAAAGAGCCGUCGGAAAGCACCAUAGUGGCCCGUCUGGAGAACUCGAGCAGAUCUGUAGUGAGAACCAACUGGAGGAUGCACAUAUCAGCGCCGCUUCAGGCUGAUCUUAGAAAAUUUCGCACAUAUAAAGGAAAUUCUGUGAGAGAUCUACUUAGAGCAAUGAGAAAUAAAAAACAUCAUUAUCACGAACUGCCACCUGAGGUACAAACAGCCCUCGGUGAAGUCCCCGAUGGAUUCGUGGUGUAUUUCACAUCCCGUUUCCCCCGGUUACUGCUUCAUACGCAUUCAGCUCUUAGCAUCUGUGCCCCAGAGAGACUCUUUCAUCCGUACUACCACCACUAAACAUCUCCACAGACUGAUGCUUGUUUGAUAUUUUAGGGGUUCGAAGAGAAGAGAUAAGGACUUUGAGGAAAAUGCAAAGCACUGUUUGAUCUAUACAUCUGGAUUUUAGAGCUGUGAAUGCUUUCGUUUGCAGAACACUACUGACAAUUUUUGGUUCUUCAAAAAAUCUUUUCAACAAGGUACCCCACUGGAAAAUAGAUGAUGAUGAAUAGUUAUGUCUAAAGUGCAAAUCACAGGUCAUAUUAACAAAAUUAUUUGUGGUUACUGAGUGUGUUAGUUUACCCAAAAUUUCCCUCACCCUAAAUGUUCCAAUCUUAUAUGGAACACCAAAAGGGACAUUUUAUUGUCACCACGCAGGCUACCUGUAUUCUUAAUAGGUAGAUAUCUACUGUAUAUAUAUGGUACUUUAAGUAUUUUUAUAUUCAGGUAAUGAAAAAUUAAGGUUAAGUCAGGGUAUCAUUCAUUGAUAUUUUGCUUUACUAAAAUCACUGAUGAUUAUUAAUUUAAAAACAAAGAUUUUAUUUUCUGGUUUAUUGUACACCUUCGUGGGUUUAUGCUACAUUACUACACGAUAUCACACGUCCCUCAUUUUCAUCCUUGAGUUUAACAGCUUGUAAACAGAGAUAUGGUGUUAUACAUACUUAUUCAGUUUAAUUUCCCAAGUAUUUCAAGCCUGCUGUACACAAAGAAAAUGCUUGUUACAUAAGCACAUAUUGCACAUUUUAAGCCUUUACCAUCACUCAGUAAUUUUAUACUGCAAGUUUUUAAAAUUUGUAUCUUUUUAUAAAUUAAGUGUUGCGGACGUUUGAAAAAACAAGAUUGGGAAGAGAAGUGCCUUUGUUUUUCUACCAAAUAAAAAUACAUGCAUUGCAUUCUAAUCACUUUCACAGUAAUUUCUUGUCAUCGGCCUGCGCAGCGCCACAUGAAGUUGAACAAACGUGCUAUGUAAUGUCAAGGCAAGCAUAAUUUACAUGUACAAGUUUUGUUUAUUGUUUAAAGUUAAAUGUUACAUUUGUUUAAAUAAUGAUGGGUUUACGUAGACAUUUCUGAAUUAGUAUAUACUAUUUGGUCUUGGUAAGUGACAUGACAACCCCAGACUACGAUAUGUUUGCUUACUCUGUGUCAUUGUAAUGAUAAAGUGCACUUCUACGCAAGAGGACACCUUUGUAUGACCUUUGGUGCAACAGAGUAUUUGUUCCUGGUGCAAGCUUUAGCACAGAGACUUUUAUGAGUGCAUACUUGUCCAAUUUUAGCACUGAUGAAAAGAUAAUAUUACAUUUCAAGAAAAUAUUCUGGAAAUAUACUGGGUUAUACUUGUCACUAAAGUAAUGUAAACUAAAACGCAAUGUAUUCAAUGACGUUAUAAAGCAUUGUAAGCAAACAUUCAAUUAUAUUUGAAUACAAUUUUGCAUUCUUUUCCCCAUUUUAACUGGUAUUUAACGUUUUAUAAUACGCAUCAAUGCACAAUACAAAU